AUGGUUCCUGAACCCGCUGGCGCUUUGGCGACAAUGAUGGCGUCGCCAGAAGCGUCACCAUCGACGUCAAGGGACGAAUGUUGGUAUAUGGAAAAGGCUGGCCGUUUGUUUGGUUACGAUGAGAUUAUCGCACCGUGGGCCACAAAGCGUUAUAAUCUAUCGAUAGAGGGCAACAUGUAUUUCCGGUUUUUUCCCAUCACCAACACAUCGUGGAGAGCACACGCGCGUACAGGUGGAAACACUGCAUGCUGCAUGUGCUCUCGUGCGCGUUUCGGGGUGAGAAGAAGUUGUUUGUUCGCAUUUUUGAAUACGCAUCCUGUUUGCCUGAUGAUGUUUGGCAUCUGGCCAGUGUUCGGUUUUCCAACGGUUCAGGGAGGAUUUUCGCACAUCAUUGGGUACGAGGGCGGCUGCGGCUGGAAUUUCUGGAAAAUAGCGAAUCUUCUUAUUUACGACUAG